AUGUCGUCCAAGGACAAGAAACCGUCGAAGCCAUCCACCGGUCGGACUGGUGGUAUCCGUACGCUAUCCGAUUUGAACCGAAGGUCAGGGCCGGACUCCGACAGUGAUUCCGAUGGACCUCAGGAGUAUUACACCGGCGGAGAGAAAAGUGGUAUGCUUGUUCAAGAUCCUACGAAAGAACCAAAACACGAUGAUGUUGAUGAGAUAUUCAACCAAGCAAGGCAGCUAGGAGCAGUGGAAGGACCUCUCGAGCGUCCUUCGAGCUCUAGAAGCUUCACAGGAACAGGGAGAUUGCUUUCAGGAGAAAAUGUGCCGCCAACAACCGCUCUUCAACAGCCAGAGCCUGUGAUUCACAAUAUCGUCUUCUGGUCUAACGGAUUCUCCGUAGAUGAUGGACCUUUGAGGAAGCUUGACGAUCCAGAAAACGCAUCCUUCCUCGAUAGCAUUAGAAAGUCUGAAUGCCCCAAAGAGCUUGAGCCUGAAGAUAAAACUGCUCCUGUACACGUCAAUCUUAUGAGAAGAGACGAGAAAAUGCCUGAACGUGAGAAGCUUAAGGUUUCGUUUCAAGGAGUGGGGAGGACUCUAGGUGGUGCUAGCUCAUCGACGGCUCCAAGCCAAAGCAACCUAACCGAUGUAGCAGCGGUUGCGUCGGCUUCACAGAGUCUGGUUGUAGAUGAAACUCUUCCAUCGACAUCGAUCCAGCUUAGACUUGCGGAUGGGACACGCGUGGUGGCUAAGUUUAACAACCAUCACACGGUUAAUGACAUUCGUGCGUACAUCGACUCUUCUCGACCAGGGAAUGGAAUUAGCUACACUCUUCAGGUCAUGGGGUUCCCACCGAAGCCUCUUACUGACCCUUCUCAGACCAUUGAUCAAGCUGGUCUCGCAAACUCUGUAGUCAUUCAGAAACUCUAG